GCAUUCAAAAUCCUCACAAAAGCAAAAAAUGCUUUCCUCUUUCAUUAGUUUUUUCCUUUGAUCUUGACCUUGAGAGCUUGUCGCUUUGCGCCGUUUGGUCGCUGUCUUCUAGUUGAUUGCAUUGUAAACGAGUUUGGGUAUGGCGGCACCUGUGGCUGCAGGGAUGAUAGCUUGGCCUGGCUUGAAGGAUGCAUACGAAUUGGAAGAUGUUAUUGGUGAGGGUGCUACGGCAGUCGUCCAGACGGCCAUGUGCAAGCCCCUCAACCAGAGAGUCGCCAUCAAGAGGAUAAAUCUGGAAAAUUGUUCUGCUGGAAUCGAUGAAAUUCAGAAAGAGAUCCAGGCCAUGUACCAUUGUCGGCACCCGAAUGUUGUCAAUUACUACACGUCGUUUGUGGUGCGCGAAGAACUGUGGCUGGUGAUGAAACUGCUGAGCUGUGGGUCUGCUCUUGACAUCCUCAAACACCAGAGGAGUCUUGGCCGUGUCAAUGGCAUAUUUGACGAGACCAUUGUUGCGUCGAUUCUCAGCGAGGUCCUGAAGGGCCUGGAGUACUUCCACUCUCAAGGUCAAAUGCACAGGGAUUUGAAGGCCGGAAAUAUUCUAGUGGGUGAAGAUGGCUCUAUCCAGAUUGCAGACUUUGGCGUAAGUGCCUGGUUGUUUGACUUUGGUGAUCGGCGAAAGAAGAUGAGGAACACAUUUGUUGGUACACCUUGCUGGAUGGCACCAGAAGUCAUGGAUCAGUCAGUUGGCUAUGAUGCGAAGGCUGACAUGUGGAGCUUUGGAAUUCUGGCACUGGAGCUAGCCACAGGCACAGCACCGUACGCCAAGUUUCCUCCCAUGAAGAUUCUGAUGCUGACCAUGCAAGAGCCACCGCCAACCCUGGAGACAUGUGAGGAACAACACAAGCAGGAUUUCAGCAAGUAUUCUAAGCAAUUUCGGAAGAUGGUGGACUGCUGCUUGAAGAAAGAUCCACAGCAACGGUCAACUGCAGCGGCACUUCUGAAGAAUAGUUUCUUCAAGAAGGCCAAGAAUGCUGACUAUCUUGCUGAGAAGCUAGUACCUCAAGCGCCGUCGUUCAAGAGCCGUGCAAAGACAGUGCGCCGGGUUCCUGGCGCAAGUGGCCGACUGAAGCGAACAGAGGACGGUCACUGGGAGUGGUCGGAUGAAGAGUGUGAUACAGAUGGCAAGGAUGCUGUGGCACCCAGUGAAUCAGCGGCCCGUUUGUCUGCUGAGAAUGCUGGCAUGGCCAGCAAGCCAGAUUCAGUUGAUGAAUCCACCCCAGCAGCAUCAGUGGCUGUUCCUCAAGCAUGUACAGCUGCUGCCUCGUCGGGAGCAUCAUCACCUUCGGCCACAGUGCGCAAUACAACCGCAGCUGCAACAAACAGCCCUACUGUGACGCCAGCCACUUCUGCCUCCCCGACAGCAGCUGCAUCUACAGCUGCAUCUACUGCUGCAUCUACUGCGACCGCUGCUUCUCCAUCAAGUACCUCUGGUGUUGCUGCAUCUACUGCUGCUGCCAGAGCAUCGCCUACUCCUGUUGCUGCUGCUGCUGCUGCAGCUGCGCCUGCCAGUGCAGGAAUCAAGUUGGCACUGCGUAUGAGGAAUGCUGAGAACAACUUGAAAGACAUCAAAUUUGAAUUUCACGCCGGCAAAGAUACGGCGGAUGGUAUUGCGUCAGAACUCGUCACCGCCGGACUCCUGCACAAAGAAAACCAUGGUGCAGUGGCAGAAAGUAUCCAACAAAUGUCCAUCCAUCCACCGGAGUCCAAGAAACUCGUCUUCGCACUGCCCUACUACAAGUCAAGUCAUGCCGUGGAUGAGAAGGCGCUGUAUGGUUUUGGCCAGCUGUCCAUUACUUGAAGCGCUGUACUGCGUGGCGUGGUGUUCAGCGAUUUGAGUAGUUUGUUUUCCGUUGUUUAUUUAACCAUUUACCAUUCUGAUCCGGCCUCUUGAUGCUACCUUGUUUCAGAAUUUCCCGGAUAGGUUUCUUACGGCUCAAGCUCUCUUAGCCCCUGGUGCAUGUUUAUUUUAGAGGUUUAUUGUAAAUUUAGACGAUUUACCCGCUCCGUGAGUACGUUUUCGAAUUUGACACAGGUUGUGAGUUGCAGAUCUACAGUCUACCCAUUGUUGGUGCUUUCACAAGCCUGUUUCGUUUGCUUUCACUGCUCUCCUUUUUUUUUAUCCACUUGUAUCUAUUUUAGCUUUACUCCAGAUGAGUGUUUUGUUUUCGUUCUCUGCCCACGUCCUGGUAGAAUUUACUUGAAAUAUUUAUAUAUUUUCUACUUCAAGCAUUUUCUGUCCAGAGAGAUUUGUCUGUUGUGCAGCGUGCAUAUCAAAUAAGAGCCAAAAAUGAAACCUCCUAGUUUCUCUGUAA